AUGGAUCGACACGAAUGGGGCAUAAUCGGUGGAGAUUGUCUCGUGUUAUCGUGUUGCUGCCAAUGUUUGAUUUUACAGAUUCUCGUGUUUGUGUUGCUCAAGCUCCCUAUCAAAGUUUGGAGAAAAAUAAAGGUAUGUAUGAAAAGGAAGUUUAGAAGGACAAGAAAGGCGGCUCUAGAGCAUUGUGCCGCCGCGGUUAUGGGUGGGCAGCAACGGCGGUCGCCAUGUAGGGUGGCGGCGGAGGGUUCUACGUUGGAAGGAUCUAAUGGUUGUAUGGAGGAAGUUGAGAAGGUGUUGGGAGAAAUGUGUGAAAAGGAUGAGUUUUCAUUUGGGAGUUUUUGGAGGGGAGAUGAUGAUAAUUGUUUAGAGGAUGAUUUUAGAAUAUGUUUUGUAAACCAACAACUUGGAUUUCAUGAUCAUGAUGGAAAGUAUCAUUUGACUCAAGUAUUUGGUCCUCUUCUAAUGCAGUUAAUUUAA